UGUCAGUAAUGAAGUCCUACCUGUGAACAGUCUUUCCAUUGAUAGGAUGGUUAAAGACGGGUCACCAGCACAGGCAGGUGACCCGUCUGAAUUCACUGGUCAGGGCUUUGAAAUGCUGACAUGCUCUAACAAUCCUGCUCAUUGUUUUUCUUCUUCGAAACACAGAUAAACAGUGUGCAUGACCAUUUGGCAUGGUCGCCCCACGAACUGAAGAAUUGAAAGAGACCUUUCAGCCAAUAAUACACAAGUUUUUUCAAAGUUUUGCUAUCAACACAUUUCUGAUUGGUCGCGGCCUUUGUUCACUGAAGAAAUAAUUCAACAAUCCAUUCACUGAUGUUGCGCUAUUACACCGCUGUGGUUUUCUUUCGCUGACAUUCAGUUACGCAGAGACAAACCACAAAUCUUCGGGACUAUAGCCCAGAGUGCAGGUACAACCUAAACAAACAAACUGCUAAUUGUGUAAUUAAUGUUCUAAAUACACAUUAUUCAUCUCACACCAUACUUUACUGCUGCAGUGCUUCUUUUCACCCUCUCUCUGAAACAACCCCCUGACCCAGACGCUUCCUGAUCAGCUGUAAAUACCACCAUCCCCAUGGCAACAAUGGUAUUGAUUCGGUCAUACUGAUGUUAGCUAAACCUAUAAAGCAUAACACGGGCACUUUAACCAAAAGUCUUGUAUGUAGAAGGUUUUGCUCCUUUACGUUGUUCCUUUAAUUAUUAUUAUUACAUAUAAUUAUAAUGCUGCUGAACAACAUGGAGGGUCAUGUGCUGCUGUUAUACUGCAGGAUGUUAAAAACUGUAGGAAUAUCUUAAUAACAGCUUGCACAGUUCAUGUCUAUCAGACUCAGACAAACUCCCAGUCGCUUUAACCUAACACACACACACACACACACACACACACACACUUUGUCUUGCCUCAUUUCUUUUUGUAUAAUACUGAGGGGCGUAAUCUCUCCACCAAGUCACAUAUAGGGGCUACAUUCUUUUUAAGACAGAGCUCCUCCUCACUGACAUAUUGUCUUUAACAAGGAGAAAGGUCCGUGCUCCCGGCUGCUGCCUCCCUCAACUCCCUCUGAGGGCGAUGGCCAAAAUUUGCUGGCAGGAGCUGCAAGUCAUGUCCAUACUGUCAGAUCUGACGAAGGGGGUGGGUGGGUUAACCUCCCUCCCUCCCUCCCUCCCGCCUCUCUCUCUCUCUCUCUCUCUCUCUUUCUCCCUUUUACAGCUCAGAAUCACAAUGCGUAAAUCCACAGGUCUGGUUUUCAACAUACGCCGUAUCUUGCCCAUCCGAGCCACUUGUGGGAAACGAUUUGAGUCACAGCUCCAGUGCGAGCCUGCUUGAAAAAUGCUACUGGCAUUAGAGCAGCAGUGAUCUGGACCAGAGCCACAGCCAGGAUGAAUGAGUCUGGGGAGAGUUUCUACAAUGGGGAAGUGCAGAUGGGUAACUCCACCUGGACGUACACGUACUAUGACCAGAACUACACCUUGUCCCCUCCACUGCUUCCAGCCAAGACCAGCACCUCCAAACCGGCAGCAUGUGAGCAGGUCCACAUUGCUAUUGAGAUCUUUCUGAUCCUGGGUAUCAUCUCCCUGCUGGAGAACAUCCUGGUCAUCACAGCCAUAAUAAAGAACAAGAACCUCCACUCGCCCAUGUACUUCUUUGUCUGCAGUUUGGCUGUAGCAGACAUGCUGGUGAGUGUGUCCAAUGCCUGGGAGACCAUCAUCAUUUACCUUCUGAACAACCGACAGCUGGUGGUGGAGGACCAUUUCAUCCGGCAGAUGGACAACGUUUUUGACUCCAUGAUCUGCAUCUCUGUCGUUGCGUCGAUGUGCAGCCUACUGGCCAUCGCUGUGGACAGGUACGUCACUAUCUUCUACGCGCUCAGGUACCACAACAUUAUGACGGUGAGGAGAGCGGGCUGCAUCAUCGGGGGAAUCUGGACCUUCUGCACGGGCUGCGGGAUCAUCUUCAUCAUCUACUCAGACUCCACCCCCGUCAUCAUCUGCCUGGUCUCCAUGUUCUUCGCCAUGCUGCUCAUCAUGGCCUCCCUCUACAGCCACAUGUUCAUGUUGGCCCGAUCGCACGUCAAGCGCAUCGCUGCGCUGCCCGGCUACAACUCCAUCCACCAGCGGGCCAGCAUGAAGGGGGCCAUCACGCUGACCAUCCUGUUGGGCAUCUUCAUCGUCUGCUGGGCUCCCUUCUUCCUCCACCUGAUCCUAAUGAUCUCCUGUCCGCGGAACCUCUACUGCGUGUGCUUCAUGUCCCACUUCAACAUGUACCUCAUCCUCAUCAUGUGCAAUUCUGUGAUUGACCCGCUCAUCUAUGCCUUCAGGAGUCAGGAGAUGAGGAAGACUUUUAAGGAGAUCAUCUGCUGUUGUAGCCUGAGAAACGCCUGCAACAGCAUUUGUACUCUGACAGGUAAGUACUGAGCGACAGGGGCCGAGAGCACCAGUGACAUGAUGGGCAGGAUUUACUGACUGAAACUGACUCUUGAGCAAAACCGUUGGAGAUUCUAUCAAAAAGUAAACAGACAUGGAUCAUUGCACUUUACAGCAAGUAGGUGGAGCACCUUUUGGUUUUCAGAAAUGUAUGGAACUGAAAAUUGGAUGCUCACAUUAUGUGGGAAGGUUACUUUACUAUCUCCCAAUGACACAAAGAGCAAAAACCAAGGCCACUUUAUUAGGCACAUGAAACCCAGCUAGCUACCGUUUGAAGUCCUGCUUCAUUUAAAAUAUUUGUGGUCUGCCUUUCAUUCUAGCUGACAUUUAUUCUUGUGCUUUAGCCUUUUUCAUUGGUUAUUACUUUUUCUUGACUGGAUCUUUACAUACACUGGAGUCCAAAGCCUAAGACCACUUGUAACCCACAGUACAUAUAAAGACUGGUGACACGAGUGAAGAAACAGGAUGACACUAUUUCCCCCUACGAGGCCAUAUCUCAACCCGGGUGAACACAUAUGAGAGAUUUUGGACCGACAUGUUAGACGGCGCUCUACACCGCCAUCAUCCUCAUCAAAACACCAAAGGAGGGAAUAUUGUCCGGGAGAUUGGUGCUGCCUCUCUCCGGGAGAGAUCCAGAGACUUUGUAGAAUCAAGUUGCUUCGGAGCUGUUCUGCUGACACAUGUUGGCCUAACACCUCACUAAGAUGCUUUAUGUUGGAUGAUCCUUUAAUUUGUCCUCUUCACUUCGAUCAUUGUAGAAAGCCUUAAAAACUGUUAUGUGCAGGAGUACUCAUAUACUUUGUUUUAAUUAUGCAUCAGAGUAUGCAUGAUGGCCAAGUGUUGCUUCAGUACAUGUGCAUGAAUGGCAGAGGCAGUGAAGUCAACAACAAUUGGGUUAACUUCCUUGGAGAACCUAAAAUAUCUUGUCCGCACUUACUCCAUUUUGUCAAAGGAGACCUUCACGGAUUUUUAAGUAUGUUUACAGGUGUCGGGGACUACUGCACACAUAGUAGGCAUGUUAUGCACAUUGGAACCACAGAUUAAGGCUCAGAUGUAAGUCACUUUGGACAAAAGCAUCUGCUAAAUUAAUGUAAUGUAAUGUAAUAGAAGUAGUUUAUUUGAAUUAGCCCGCAGCAAUGAAGCAGACUGACUGUCCCGCUGGUGGAUUGAAUGUUUACAAGUCCAACAAAAUGGUAGGUUAGUCACACAUUAUUUGUCUAUGGCCAAAUGAUGUACAUAAUGUUACCUUGUUCUUUAUCUGUCAGUGGGGGAAAGUGGGCUGCUACUGAACUUUUGGGUAGCUUCAGCUGCUAAUGCCCCCCCGCUGCAGCAUUAGUGAGAAAAAGGUUAAUAAUCAGAUCCCUCAAAUCUGCCAAAGCUGAGUUACACAACAGGGUGUGAAUGCAGACUAUUUUGUCUGUCUCCAAUUAUAUCUGCUGUAUUCUAUCAGUGUGCCCCCUGAUCUCCCGGUGCUACCUCCCUGUCCUCAUUAAACUGAAGUGAUUUACAAUGCCACGGGUAUACACUUGAAAUGUAAAAAAAACUGAGUGAACAAAUAGCUUUACUGUGCUCUGUGUGUGUCUUGCUGGUUCCUACCCCCCAACUGCGAAGCUGGACAGAUCAUUUAGCAUAAAAAUCGAAAUCUACUGAAACUGCUUUUUGUAAAAAAUCUCAUGGAUCACUGCGACGUGGUCAAAACUAAACACUUGUUUUACAGUAUUAUAUAUUAAAUAUUUUAUUAUAUUAUGUAUAUAUAUUCAAAUAUACAAGUCAUUUGUAUAAUUUGUACCUUCGGACUGAUUUUGAAACAAAACAAAAAUCUGCUUUGUGUAGGAAUUGCCUUAUUUUUUUCCGCAUUAAUGUCAAAUUUAAACAUCUUGCAUUUGUGAGAUCAAAAGAGAGAAUGAUGAAUGUACAUCUCAUGAAUGUACAUCUCAUCUCAUCAAAACCCAAUGAUAAAAAAUAUAUAUUGUAUACAUUAUUUUUUACUUUUCCCCAUAGACAUAAAGAAUGAUGGCUCCAUUUUGUAAUAUACAUUCUCCUAUGAAUAACAUAUUUACCAUUUUAUUGCAAUUUGUGCAGCACGCAGUUCUUGUUUCCACAGAAACAGCAGUGAGAUGACUCACAUAAUGAUGUGACAAGAUGCAACACUGGAAAGAGGUGAAGCCUACUUGAUGAUUACUAAUUGCAUGCUCAGUCUUAUGCUUCUGUUUAGUGUGACAGUGUUAACACCUGUGGGGACAUUGUUCAUGUUAGUUCAUAGUAAAAUCAUAAAAUGAUGAGCUACAGCUGAAAGUGAUUAAUGUCAGUGUUGGCCAUGAUGCUUAAAAUUAAAAAAAAAAACGUUUGUGUGUGUAUAUAUAUAUA